AUGGGAGCAUAUUUAUCAGCACCGAAAACGAAUAAAGAGUCCAUGGAUGGAGGGAACUUAGAAAUAGAUCCAAGUAGGUACGGGUUAUCGUGUAUGCAAGGAUGGCGAAAGAAUAUGGAAGAUAGCCAUAUAUGUUAUAAUAAUAUAAAAGUAAACGAAAUAGAAGAAGUUAUUUCUAUUUACGGUGUUUUUGAUGGACAUGGUGGUCCUAAUGUUUCAAAAUGGAUUUCAUAUAAUUUUUAUAGAAUAUUUGUAAAAUGCAUAAAGGAAGCUAGCGAUGAAAUGAAAAAAGACAAUUUAGAUAAAUCAGAAAAUUAUAAAUUAAAACUUAUUAAAUUAACACUUGAAAAGACGUUCUUAAAAUUAGAUGAAGAAAUGCUUUUAACAGAAAAUCAAGAAAAACUAAAAAAAUAUAAUGCAUCAGCACAAGAAACUGAAGAAUCUGAUACGAGAGAAAAUUAUCUAUAUUCUAUUUUAAAUGAUAUAAUAUCAAAAAAUAUUAGUAUUAAAGCAGUCGAAAAAGAUGGAAAAAGAUGUUUACAAGUUGUUUAUAAUAAGGAAGGAAAUCCUGUUGAAGAAGGAAGUGCAGAAACACCAUCAACAUCGUUAAUAGAAGAUGAUUAUAAUAAUAAAACAGAAGAAUUAUAUGAUGAAGAUGAUAGCAUAUUAAAAGAUAAUAUGAAUGGUGAUGACAAAGAAUUAGAAAUAAAAGAAAAUGAUAGUGAAAAAAAAAAUGAUGAUAAUAAUUUUAAAAAAAUUGAUACAACUACAGGGGAAGUAAAUAGUAAUGAUAAUAUAAAGGGAAUAAAAUUAGAAAAAGAUGAAAAAAGCGAAGAUAAUACAAAUAAAAUAAAAAUCGAAGAUUCAGAUAAUACUAAUAAAGAACAAAAUGAUUUACAAAACAAAUGCAAAAGUGAAGUAAACUCUGUAGAUACUGAUACAUCGAAUUUGGGUCAAGAUAUUAAAAAUGAAAUUAAAGAAGAUAAUAAUGGAAGCACCGAAAUUAAUACUAAAAGGCUAAAGAAGGAUAUGAAUAAUGAAACAGACAAUAAUAUUAAAGAGGAAGAUGCUAUCAAUAAUAACAUUAAAACUGAAGAUGUAAAACCAUCAGCAUUAACUUAUGAUAAUUUGAAAUCAUUAGGAGAAAUGACAGAACCAGAAGAUAAACUUAAAGGAAACUAUAGUAAUUCAAAUGAUGUUAUAAAUGAUAUAUUAAAUUCAUGUGAUGAUGAUAACUCAUUAGAUUUAUAUGGAAAAGAUAAUAUAGGUGAAGGUUUUUCAUAUAAUGAAACAAUAACAAAUGUAAUUGAUAAUAAUAUAAAUAAUAACAAUAAUAAUGAGAAUAAUAAUAAUAAUAAUGAAAAUAAUAAUAAUGAAAAUAAUAGUAAUGAAAAUAAUGAAACAAAUGAUAAUAAUGAUUUAUAUUCCCCUGAUGAAUUACGAUUAUUUGAAAAUUACUAUUCAAAUGAUUAUGAAGAUAAUAUAGCAUAUAGUUGUGGAUCAACAGCUAUAGUAGCCGUUAUAAUAAAAGGGUAUUUAAUUGUUGCUAAUGCAGGUGAUUCAAGAGCCAUUAUAUGUUUUAAUGGCAAUUCAUUAGGCAUGUCAACUGAUCAUAAACCACAUUUACAAGCAGAAGAAGCUCGAAUUAAAAAAGCUGGUGGAUAUAUAUCAAAUGGUAGAGUCGAUGGAAAUUUAAAUUUAACUAGAGCUAUUGGAGAUUUACAUUAUAAAAGAGAUCCAUUUUUGUCCCAAAAAGAUCAAAAAAUUUCUGCAUUCCCUGAAGUUACUUGUGUAACAUUAACUCCUGAUGAUGAAUUUUUAUUUCUUGCAUGUGAUGGAAUUUGGGAUUGUAAAGAUGGCCAAGAUGUUGUUGGUUUUGUUAAAACACGCUUAGAAAAAUUUGAAGAAUUACCUGAUAAUUCUGCAGAUUUAGGAGGUAACCAAAACACCAAUUCAGAACAUAUAAAUUCAAAUAAUAAUACUACUAAUAAUGAAAAUAGUACUUUAAAAGAUGAAGCUAAUGCAUCAAAUAAUGCCGAAAACGGACAAAUUUCAAACUCAUAUGAUAAAAAUAUUAACAAUAAUAAUUCUAAUAUUGAGAAUGAAGACAAUUCUAAUGAAAAUCAAAAUAACUUUAAUGAAAAUAACGAUAACAAUUUUGAAAAAGAUACUAAUGGUAAAUAUGAUGAUUCACCUAUUAUUGAAAGAAAGAAAUAUGAUAAAUUUAAUAAAUUGUCGCAAAUAUGUGAAGAAUUAUGUGACGAUUGUUUAUCAAAUAAUUAUAAAGAAAAUGAUGGAAUUGGAUGUGAUAACAUGACAUGUUUAAUAGUCCAAUAUAAUCCAUUAUAUAAGAUGCAUACUGAGAAAAAGUUUUUAAAUAUUGAUGAUAUAGAAUAA